AUGGGCUUGGAAUCUGUUAUUCCUGUCAUAACUUUCUCAGAUGAGCUAAAGCCGGGCACUACUGAGUGGGACUCGGUGAGAGCCCGGGUUCGGCAAGCACUCCAAGAAUAUGGCUGCUUCGAGGCUUUGUUCGACAAAAUCCCUUCUGAGCUUCGAAAAUCCAUGAUGGGUGCAACAAGAGAAAUGCUUGACAUUCCUAUGGAGAAAAAGACAGCAGUAACCUCUGAUAAUGAGCCCUUCGGUACUGGCUACACUGGCAAGUCAUCAAGAGCUUCCUGGGAGACCAUGGGUAUCGAAGAUGUAAUCAUUCCCGAAAAUGUCACAAGAUUCACUAAUCGCUUAUGGCCAGAAGGAAACACAGGAAACCCUAGCUUUGACAAAACAGUAGGGGUCUUCUCAGAGAAGGUAGCUGAAUUGGAUCAAAUGAUUAGGAGGAUGGUUUUGGAGAGCUUUGGUAUUGAGAAAUACUAUGAUGAACACAUAGAUAAAUCCCGAUAUGGUCUUCGAGCAAUGAAGUAUGAAGCUUCCGAAAAUGUGCUUCUCGAAAAUAUGGACAGCAACGAGGUUGUGCUGAUACCCCACACUGAUAAGAACAUUUUGACCAUACUGUGUCAGACUGGUGAGAUAGAUGGGUUAGAGGUACAAACCAAAGACGGAAAAUGGAUCAAUGUGAACCCAUCGCCGGACUCUUUCGUUGUCAUGCUCGGAGAUUCCUUCCACGCAUGGACGAAUGGGCAUUUGCAGGCUCCAAUUCAUCGGGUUGUGAUGCCUUUACAUGAAACGAGGUAUUCAGUGGGUCUCUUUUCAAACCCAAAAGCCGGCUACAUUAUAAAAGCCCCAGACGAGCUAGUGGAUGAAGAACACCCAGUACGCUUUAAGCCCUUUGACUAUAAAGAAUAUCUCAACUUCUUUGCAACAAAGAAAGGAUACACUUCUCAUCAAUCCGGCAUAAAAGUUUUCUGUGGUGUUUAA